CUAAAGGCUUCACUCCCCCUGCCUUGUCAGUUUGCCGAUGACUAACUUGCAGCUCUUGACUGGAUUCUCCUGACUGGGAAGCAGAUGAAGUGUGGGAUAAAAAGGCAUCUGCUCCAAGCGAUCAGACCUUCACACCAAGCAGAGCUCGAGAGCACCGUCUUCUGGCAAACAGAGAAAAGAAGCAGACUAAACAGCCGGACUGCUCUGAACCGUCUUCAUCUUCUCCCUGCAGCUAUUAAAGAAAGCUCCAGAUGUUUUCUCCUCUGUACUGCUACCAUCUGUGUACCAACAAAAUGACUUUAUAGCUAAAACAACAAGUGGAGUUGAAGAAAAGCAGUUUUCAGCAUGGAGAGCUAUGCCUCUGCAGGGACCCCCCCUCCCACACACACGUCCUUGACUCCUUCAUCUGACGGCAGCCUGGAUUUCUUCUGGAAGUACCUUGACAACGCCGUCAUUUAUGAGCAUUACAACUACACUGGCAAGUUGCAGAACGACCGCUACUGUGACAAGCUAAAACCAGAGAGCAUAGCGUUCCUGGUGGUGUGUCUCCUCAUUAUCCUGGAGAACGCCGUGGUCCUCGUUGCCAUCUGGAGUAAUAAGAAGUUCCACGUGCCCAUGUACUACCUGCUGGGAAACUUGACUCUGUCAGACCUGCUGGCUGGGAUUACCUACACAGCCAACAUUCUCAUGUCAGGACAUAAAACUUUAAAGUUGACACCAUUGCUGUGGUUCCUAAGGGAGGGCGGGGUCUUCAUCACGCUGGCUGCUUCGAUCAUUAGUCUGCUGGCUAUUGCGAUCGAACGCCACGUAACUAUGGUGACAAUGCGUCCGUACCAUGGGGCCAAGAAGGGCCGGAUGUUGGCUCUGAUUGGUGCAAGCUGGGCCCUGUCUGCGCUUUUGGGGGUCCUCCCAAUUUUGGGAUGGAACUGCAUAAACAGACUGGACCAGUGUUCAACGGUGCUCCCACUUUACGCAAAGAGCUACAUUCUGUUUAGCGUGACUGUGUUCAGUGCGGUGCUUUUGGCAAUCGUGGUCCUUUAUGUUCGGGUUUUCCGCAUCGUUCGCACCAACACGCGGCGCCAGCGCACGAGCCUAAAGAGCAGCGUGAGGAAGAGCUCAGUAAGGAGGAACCAGAAGUACGUCGCCCUCCUGAAGACGGUCACCAUUGUGCUGGGGGUCUUCAUUGCUUGUUGGAUGCCUCUCUUCAUCCUCCUGCUCCUGGACUUUUUCUGCCCCACUGGCCAAUGUAAGCUGCUCAAAAAGGCUGACUACUUCUUGGGGAUUGCCAUGUUGAACUCGCUUCUCAACCCAAUCAUCUACACUCUGACCAGUAGGGACAUGAGGCGGGCCAUCCUCAAGCUGCUGUGUCGACCAUGUCUGAUAAACAAGGACGGACAGGUGAAGAGGAUUGGGAUGCCAUUCCUGGAGUGCAGUUUUAGUAAGACUGAGUUGCCCUCUCAGAAGUUGGAGCCAGGACUGGAGACAACCAUUUCCUCAGGGAAUGGCAUCGCCAGUCCAGCUACAAUUAAAGCCCUCUAUCCAAAACUCUUCAAGUCAUAAGGACUUGAACUCUCGGACAUACAAUACUAGAGAUUCUGAAAGGGUUCGCCACUUUUCAAAGAGCGUGUAGCACAUCUGAGAAAUAGGCUAUGGUGAUCCCAGAUCUAGAAGCAAGGCAUAAAAUACAAAGAGAACACAAAACAAACACGUUUGGACUAAUAUGUCAUUUCUGAUGAGUGGACUGAGUUUACGUUUCAGUAACAGAUCAACAACGAUUAUUGUGACAUAUCCAAAUGCCGUAAAGAUGCCUCUAAAAUGAGAAUGUGUUAGACAUUUUAUGAAAAUGAUGUUGGUGAGAAGUCUUUCUAACUCGGUUGUUCUCGAUGUGACAGUUAAAAGAGAAAAAACACGUAGUUUCUGAUUGAAGUACUCGGUGUGUGUUUGUGCAGACACCUGGAUUUCGCUGGUCCGAAAGCCCAUGGUGCACUAGGUUUAAUGUCAUACCAUUAUUUUUGUCCCUCCAACUCAUGUAUGUGUGUGUGAUGCAGUAAAGGAGAGAGGGUGACAGAAAACAAGAAAAAUGCACAAUAAAAAAAUUAAGAAACACUCCAACACGGCUGCAAAAUGGGACCGACCUAUUCAAUGUUGGGUUGGUGCCCUUUUUAAAACGUCACUCAGACUUUUGCAUUAAACUCUCCUAUACACCCACGAUGUCACAAAACAGCGUAUUCACAAAAAAUAUAUAUAAACGUAUUUAUGCAAUUUCUGUUGGGAUGGUUAUACUGUGACUGAAACGAAAUCGGUGAUAACUUGUAGUUUUCCCUUUGCGAACGAGCUGUAAAUGUUUAAUUAGCUGCAUCAGGACUAAAAAGGAAAGGAUGCUUCUGCACUUGCAUGACAGAUGAUGUGAAAUGGCAGCAGAAUUACAGCCCAAGGCUCUCUGUCACCAUUCUGUAUGAAAUCAAGCAGACAUAAGCCGACUGUCUCAGUUCAGUCUUCCUAAACUUGUGGAUGGUGUGCAGCCAUUUCUGUCUAUUUUGUCACAUCUGUAUUGUAAAUUAUACAUAUUUUGUAACAGGAAAGAGCAAACUUUCUUUUCAUAAAAGAAAUAAAGUAUUUUCUACAUGAUUUAAAA